AGGAAAUCGUUUGUUAUGAAGCUAAAUUUAGCACUGUGGUUGCAUUCCAUUGUUGAUACUUGUUUGUGGCACUACCCAGAACUAAUUCUCUCUCUCUCUCUCUUUUGUCAACACCAGGUAUUAAAUGAAGAGUGUGAUCAGAACUGGUACAAGGCAGAGCAUAAUGGAAAAGAUGGCUUCAUUCCCAAGAAUUACAUAGAGAUGAAAGCCCAUCCGUGGUUCUUCGGGAAGAUUCCCCGGGCCAAAGCAGAGGAGAUGCUAAACAAACAGCGGCACGAUGGGGCCUUCCUCAUCAGAGAGAGUGAGAGUGCGCCUGGAGAUUUCUCCCUCUCUGUGAAGUUUGGAAAUGACGUCCAGCACUUCAAGGUUCUUCGUGAUGGGGCUGGAAAGUAUUUCCUAUGGGUGGUGAAGUUUAACUCACUCAACGAGCUGGUGGAAUACCACCGCACCUCCUCGGUCUCUCGCAAUCAGCAGAUCUUUCUGAGAGAAAUAGAGCAGGUCCACCAGCAUCCCACAUAUGUGCAGGCACUCUUCGACUUCGACCCCCAGGAGGAGGGAGAGCUGGGUUUCCGACGCGGCGACUUCAUCCAAGUCCUGGACAACUCUGACCCUAACUGGUGGAAAGGAGGCUGCCACGGCCAAACGGGCAUGUUCCCCCGUAACUACGUCACCCCUGUCAAUCGGAACAUGUAAAACAGUCAGACCAUGUAAACAAGAACAACAACCACAACACGGCAACCAUCACCACCACCACCACCACCAUCAUCAUCUUCAUCAUCAUCUUUGAUCUUCAUCAGCCCCCACCUGACCCAUUUAAGCCCCUCCCCAUCCACCACUCUUGGCCAUUCCACAGUAACAGGAGCAGACAGGAAGAACGCAAACAACUGAAAGAGAGAUGAGACAGGGUAGGUGCUGUUGUAGGCGUCUCUGUGUGGGUGGCAGCUGAGCACAAUCAACUUUAACUUGUGCUAAGAAUGUUCACCACCCCAGUGAUCGCCACGGUGACGAUUCAACUGUCUUUGAGGGAAAUCAGAAUGCAGAGAAACUAAAGCGUAGUGCACCAACCAUCAAGAUAAAUGAUUCUACCACUCCCGCAGCUGCUUCUGUCUUCUCCUAAACUUCCUAACAUUCUGCCUUUCUUUUUGUCUCCCUUCUUUUGCCGCAUGUUGUUUUAAUCUCCUAAAUGAAAUGCCUACCGAUGAAAUCCUAACUCUGUUUUAAAGAAAAUGAAAUUAAAAAUAUAAAAAAGAAAUGGUUUUUAAAAAAAAAAAAUGUACAAAGAAGAGAGGAAAGAAAAGAUGCCAUCUACAAGUACAGCAAGUUUCCAUGUUUAAGUUCAUUGGCAUGUGAGCAUUGUACAUCAGCCACUGGCUGUAUAAAUAAAUCAACUAUAGAGAGAAUCCAUUUUUUAAGAAUAUAUAUUAUAUAUUUGUAUGUGUUUGUCUGUUUUACCUCUCAUCAAAUUGUUUUUUUUUUUCCUCCAUUUGUAAAUUAUGUUCAAUCCUUAUGUUAGUCUGGAUAAGACCUAGUAGCUCUAGAAUGUGCUGAAUUGUCAGUCAAGUUACCUUUUUUUUGUUUUUUCUGAAUCUAUCUGAGGGCUCUCAGAUAAAACAGCAUGCUAUUCAAGAGUCAUACAAGUUCCAGCAGGAAAAAGAUUUUGCUUGUGUAUAAUAAGAAGAAAUUAGGAGAAACCUGAGAAGAAACACUUCUUGUCACAAAGAUAACAUUGACCAGCAAGUAGAGCCACAAAUGCUGCAAGAGCUGUUGUAUUACAAAGCCCCUCGUAAAAGGUCGGACACCUUUUCAAAGCCUAUGUAUUUAUUGCAGCCGUUUUACUUGGGCAGUGAAUGUAGCUUACUGAGGCCAUAGACAUUACAAUGAGGGAAGCAAGGUCAGAGAACUGAACUACACAAACCAUGCAAGGGAUUUUUAGGAAAAGACACGCCAAGUUGGCAAUGUUGUCAAUAUUCACUUAAAAAGACAGACAGUUGUAUGAGGACAUGUACAGGUAGUUAUCAUGCAUACUCGAACAGUCAU